UUGACCCGUUAGUAGACGUCAUGAUUUGACGUAAAUUUCCCCAUGCACACGCAAUGAAAACGUGGAGUGAGGCCCACCUAAGAAGUUUGCAAGAUGCCAAAAGUCAGGAGUGAAAAGAAAUCUAGGGUUCACCAACAAGUUAUUAAACAAGGGAUCUUGUUUAACACUGGUAUUGGACAGCAUAUUCUCAAGAACCCACUGAUUGUUGAUAGCAUGAUAGAGAAGGCCGCAUUGAGAAAUACAGAUGUAUGUUUAGAAGUUGGUCCUGGUACAGGAAACAUGACGGUCAAGUUGUUAGAAAAAGCAAAAAAGGUAGUUGCAUGCGAGUUGGAUCCUAGGCUAGUGGCAGAGUUACAGAAGCGAGUACAAUCAACCCCUUUAGCUGCCAAGUUGAAUGUCAUUGUUGGUGAUGUCUUAAAAACAGAUUUGCCAUUUUUUGAUAUAUGUGUUGCAAAUCUUCCAUACCAAAUAUCUUCACCAUUUGUCUUCAAGCUUCUUCUUCAUCGACCGUUCUUCAGGUGUGCAGUGCUGAUGUUCCAACAGGAAUUUGCCCAGCGUCUUGUUGCCCAGCCUGGUGAUAAGCUGUAUUGUCGUUUGUCAAUCAACACACAGUUACUAGCUAGAGUUGAUCAUCUGAUGAAGGUUGGCAAAAAUAACUUCAGGCCUCCACCAAAAGUUGAGUCAAGUGUGGUCAGACUUGAACCCCGCAAUCCACCACCACCAAUCAAUUUCCAGGAGUGGGAUGGAUUGGUGAGAAUAGCUUUUGUGAGGAAAAACAAGACUCUGGUGGCAGCCUUUAAAACAAAGUCAGUUAUUGAAAUGCUUGAGAAAAACUACAGGAUACAUUGCUCUAUGAAGAACAUUAAAAUUGAAGAUAACCUAAACAUGAAAGAGAAGAUCUCAGAGUUGCUAGAAAAAAAUUUGUUUGACAAAAUGAGAGCUAGAAUGAUGGAUAUUGAUGAUUUUUUACGGUUGCUCCAGCUUUUUAACUCAGAAGGAAUUCAUUUUUCAUGAUGCAACAUCUUGUCACUCUGCUAUAGACUACAUGAGUAAUAAGGUCUUGACCACAACAUAUGUAAUUGCCAUUCACAAAUAAUUAUGGCAGUACCAGUUACUGGGGUUGCAAUGACACCUGCACACUUUACUCAGCUUUGAGGUCAAGUGCAAUAAACAUACAGAUUCACAGACAUGGUGGUUGAUGUUAAGGUAGAAACUUUCCAGGAUGUGUGCAAUGGAAAGAUGAAUUGUAUGUUUGAAAUUUAACCUGUAAAUCAAAAUAGGUAUGCCAAUGGGUGUAUGUCCUGAAUCAUGUCUUGAUCUGCUCUAUCUUCAGACAGUGCUCAUUCCAUUUGAAAUGAUUUAUGUCACAGGUUUGCAUUGCAUUAACUUUGACUAAGACCAAGGAUAACAUUACUUUGGUCAAUUCGCACUGGAAUUUAAUAAAUGGCUGAUCGACCGAUGUAUGAUUUUUGCAAAUAAAUUCUGUGAAAAGUUCAGUAUUAGUUGCACAUGUUCAUAAGAUUUCUAUUUGCCACUUGGAAGACAGAUAUGAAGUGGUUAACAUUUUUAUGAAAAUUAUGUUUAGAAAUGAUUGAAUAAAACACAAACAAACAUUAUUUGUAAAGAUAAAAAAA